CAGGACUCCUCAUCUAGAGGCUUACCCCACCUCCUCAUCUCAGAGUCCAGCCGGUCAGUGAGCAGUGGGAUCCCGCCUCCAACCUGCAUCUGUGGAGCUUUGCUUUCUGCCCAGGAGAGAUGACUCUAUACUGGAGACAUUUGCAAAGAGCCUUGCGCCAGGAGGCCUCCUUUCCCAGGAUCCCCAAGACAUGCCCUGUCUUGAGCCUAGGUGCUUCCUGGACAUCUGUAGCCAAGCUCAGUCUUCAUACAAAACCCAAAAUGCCUCCAUGUGACUUCUCACCUGAAAGGUAUCAGUCCCUUGCCUACAACCAUGUCCUGGAUAUCCACAAGCAACAUCUUUCUCCCGUGAUGACAGCAUAUUUCCAGAAGCCCUUACUGCUCCACCAGGGGCACAUGGAGUGGCUAUUUGAUUCUGAGGGAAAUAGAUACCUCGAUUUCUUUUCUGGGAUUGUCACUGUCAGUGUUGGUCACUGCCAUCCGAAGGUAAAUGCAGUGGCACAAACGCAGCUAAGCCGCCUGUGGCACACAAGUAGUGUCUUCUUCCACCCUCCAAUGCAUGAAUAUGCAGAGAAGCUCUCAGCUCUUCUGCCUGAGCCUCUUAAGGUCAUCUUCAUAGUGAAUAGCGGCUCCGAAGCCAAUGACCUGGCCAUGCUGAUGGCCAGAGCACAUACGAAAAACACAGACCUCAUAUCUUUCAGAGGAGCCUACCAUGGAUGCAGCCCUUAUACAUUGGGCUUGACCAAUGUAGGGAACUACAAGACUAAACUGCCCAUUGCAAUGGGUUGCCAACCAACAAUGUGCCCAGAUAUUUUCCGUGGUCCUUGGGGAGGAAGCCACUGCCGAGACUCGCCAGUGCAGUCGAUUAGGAAAUGCAGCUGUGCACCAGACAGCUGCCAUGCUAAAGACCAGUAUAUUGAACAGUUCAAAGACACUCUGAACACUUCUGUAGCCAAGUCCAUUGCUGGCUUUUUUGCUGAACCAAUUCAAGGUGUGAAUGGAGUUGUCCAGUACCCAAAGGGGUUUCUAAAGGAAGCCUUCCAGCUGGUCCGAAAGCAAGGAGGCGUGUGCAUUGCUGAUGAAGUGCAGACAGGAUUUGGAAGAUUGGGCUCUCACUUCUGGGGCUUCCAAACCCAUGACGUGCUGCCUGACAUUGUCACCAUGGCUAAAGGGAUUGGGAAUGGCUUUCCCAUGGCAGCGGUUGUGACCACUCCAGAGAUUGCCAAGUCUUUGGCUCAAAGCCUGCUUCACUUCAACACCUUUGGAGGGGGGCCCCUGGCCUGCGCCAUUGGAUCUGCCGUGCUUGAGGUGAUUAAAGAAGAAAAGCUACAGGAAAACAGUCAAGAAGUUGGCACCUACAUGUUACUGAAGUUUGCUCAGUUGCGGGAUGAGUUUGACAUUGUUGGUGACGUCCGAGGCAAAGGCCUCAUGAUAGGGAUAGAAAUGGUUCAGGACAAGAUGAGCCGCCAGCCUCUUCCCAUUGAAGAAAUAAAUCAAAUCCAUGAGGACUGCAAAAACAUGGGGCUCCUCGUUGGCAGAGGCGGCAUUUUUUCACAGACCUUUCGCAUUGCACCCCCAAUGUGCGUCACUAAGCCAGAAGCUGAUUUUGCGGUGGAAGUAUUUCAUUGUGCCUUAAGCCAGCACAUGGAGAGAAGAGCUAAAUCACAUCAUUAGAAGUCAAAAAACCACAAGCCUCAAGAACAUCCCGCUUUUCAAAGGUGUAUUUGAGGAAUUUCAGAACCGUGUGUAUUUGGAGAAAAACUGCAGUUCUUCAUAGUAGGUGUAAAAGACGUGGUUGAGUGAUACUAGCCUUGUUGGUAGAGCCCCUAUUAUCUUCAGAAUUCUAUCCUUCAGGGAAAGGAACUCUAUCCCUAGCUCAGAGAAGAAAUCCCAGUUACUCAGGAUCAGGCAGUUCCCCAUUGCAGUAAUGGGUUUUGCAUGAAUAUAUGACGUAGUUUUGGUCAAUGAGUCCUGAAGGGAAGUUUCUCAGUGGAGAUGCCUUCCAGGAAAGCUUUUGUAACCCCUCAACCCUCAGCUUAGGAAGAGACGCCCUCUUCAUGCACUGAAAACACCACACGUCGUGAUGAGGUUGUUGGGAACUAUACCAGCUGUCUUGGAGCUAUGGGGGUAAGACCCAUUUGCUAAAGUUGGAAGGGGGGGAGAAGCUGAAGGCUUAGUGAUGAUGUUCAUGAAGCAUCUACUUAAUCCAUCCUGGAGCCACCCUCCCUCAGGGCUUCAAGACACGUGAGACAAUAAGUUCCCUGUAUUGCAUAAGCUUUUCUCAUGUCUGCUUUCCAUUACUGUAGCCUAAAGCAUCCUGAGAAAUUGUGCAGAAAUUUCCCAGAGAAAUAACUGCCUCCCCUAAUUUCCUUAAAACAUUUAUCAGAGCUUUCUUCCUUCUCCAUUCCCACUGCCGUCAUCCCCAUCCCCUGGUCUAAACCCUCAUUAUCACUAUUGCAAUAACCUCUGAGCCUAGAAUUUUACAAACUUCAGUCAUUUGAAUGCACAUUUAGAUUUUCCUGGAUAUGUUGCCGUGUAUCCCUUGUCUUAGAAUUGUCAAUGUUUUUCUUUAAUUUCACUUUUGAUGAAGGUAUAUUUAAUAUUAAACUUUUCAUAAUCACAUAAAUGAGAAAUCAUUACUACUUGCCUUUGGUGGAAAGAAACCAUCAAAACAGAGUGAACACAAAGCAAGGUAAUCUUGUCCUAGCAAGACACAAGUGUUUGCCAAUGUUCUCAGCCUUAGGUCUAUUCUUUCUUUGUUCAAAAGGGAUUAUACAGUAUUUGAGAGGUGAUAAAAAUACACUGACAAACUGAGACUUUCUCCUAAACACAAACAGAAGAGUGGAGAAGAGAAAGACAAAAAAGCUGUGUCCUGGUUUUAAGCCAAGUCUUAACUGUCUACCCCCACUUCACCCCCGUUGAAGUUGAAAUGUUCUUGCGACAUUCAAAUAAAUACGUCCAGUAUGCUAGAAUUUGGGGGUUGGAGCUCAGAACAAAGGUCGGGACUGAAGACAAAGUUUUGGAAGAGUCAGCAUGGCCAAGAUGGGUGAGAUUUCAGAAGUGGAUAAUGCUGUCGACAGGGAGAGAGCACAACAUGGAAGAAGAGAUGGCUCGGGAUAGAGCCACACACACACAAGGUGUCUGUUUUAUAAUACAUCCUACGUGUCACUGCCAGAUUUAUUUCCACUGGGCUUGGACUUAAACACAGCAUUCCCUAGCACAACACCUUCUGGUCAUCCCCCUGCUGUCACCUGGGUGAGUUCAAAACUUAACGAAGGACCCAAUGCCUUCCAGGAGCCAAUAUCCAAACAGCAAACACGUUAGAAAUGUUCUGUUCUGGCACGGUGAGAAUAUCAUUGGAUUAAAAAAUCAAUGACCUGAA